AUGGUGCAUGUAACUAAUCCAGGGAGUCGGGUUGUUAUUGAUGCUGAUGACGGGAGGUUCAGGCGAUUGUUCAUUAGUUAUAAUGCUUGUAUUGAAGGGUUCAUUGCUGGGUGCAGGCCUUUAUUAUUUUUGGAUGGAACAUUUAUUAAAGAUCGCUACAGAGGCAUACUACCUAGUGCCACUGGGAAAAAUCCUUACCAACCUUCACAUCGACUGGUAAUGAUUUCUGACGUCGACAAGGGUAUUAGGGCAACAGUCGAGGAAUUUUUUCUAGAUGCAUUCCAUUCAAGGUGUGUUCUGCAUCUAGUCGAGAAUUACAAAAAGAAGAUGAAGGAUUUUGGGCACAAGGCAAAUAUCGCGACUACGUUGGGCGAGCUGUUACAAUCUGCGGCUUAUAAGUUCACAAUAUCUGAAUGGGAUAAUGACAUGAAAGAAUUGGCAGCGAUCGAUCACAGGGCUUACGUCACUGUAAUGGAAUACUCCCCGGAGAGAUGGGCAAACGCGCAUUUUCCUGGUAUAAGGUAUGGCCAUGUUACAUCAAACGUUGCUGAGUCCUUCAACAGCUGGAUAAGAAAGGCACAUUUGUUACAAAUCUUACCUUUGGUUGAGACCAUACGAAAGCAAAUAUAG